CCGGUCCCGCCGCUCCCGCCUGCGCGCCGCCGCCGCCGCCUGGGGCCAUGGCGGCGCUGGUGCUGGUGCUGCUGGCGGCGCUGGGCGGGCGGACCGUGCUGCCGGGCGGGCGGUGCGCGGCGCCGCUGGCCGACCUGCGCUCGCAGAUCUCGGGCGUGGAGUCGCUGCUGGAGGAGUUCCGCCGGCAGCUGCAGCAGGAGGAGCCGGGACCGCCGGCGGCGGGCGGCGGCGAGGAGCGGUGCGGCGGCAGCAGCAGCUUCUCCGCCAGGCCCGACUCCAUCAUCCGCACCAAGGACUCCAUCGCGGCCGGCGCCACCUUCCUGCGGGCGCCCGCCGCCGUGGCGGGCUGGCGGCAGUGCCUGGACGCCUGCUGCGCCGAGCCGCGCUGCACGCUGGCGGUGGUGCAGGGGCCCGGCCGGCCGCGGGGAUCGGCGGCGGCGGCGGCGGAGCUGGGCUGCUACCUCUUCAACUGCACGCACCGCGGCCGCCCCGUCUGCCGCUUCGCCCCGCACCGCGGCUACAGCACCUACAGCCGCCGGCCCGCCGGCCUCUCCCCGCCGCCGCCGCCGCCGCCGCCGCCCGCCGGGCCGCCGGAAGAAGAAGAAUACGACGAGCCUCCACGGUGCAAGGCGGGACAAGAUGUUGUGCUGCAGUCACCUGUCGACUGGGUGCUUUUGGAUGGCCGAGAAAGUUCAGAUGACCGUGGAAUUGUGCAGUACGAGUGGACGCUGCUGCAAGGUGACUCAUCGGUUGAAAUGAAGGUACCACAACCAGGAACACUGAAACUGUCUCACAUUCAGGAAGGCGAGUAUAUUUUCCAGCUAACUGUGACAGACACUGCAGGUCAGCGGAGCUCUGACAACGUCUCUGUGACCGUUCUGCCCAUGAUUCAUUCUGCAGUAGCCUGUGUCGGGGUUUGCUCUCGCUACCAGUUUAUCUGCGAUGAUGGCUGCUGCAUUGACAUCACGUUCGCUUGCGAUGGCGUGAGACAGUGCCCUGACGGAUCGGAUGAAACUUUCUGCCAGAACUUCAGCCCAGGUCGGAAGGCAGUGACCCAUGCAGCUCUUGGCACUACCCAGCAAAGGACUGUAGGACUGACCGAAAACAGAGAUGAAAACUUCUCUGCAGAAAACACCCUGAAAGCCACUGCCAGAAAUCAACCGCUUCUCUCAGUGGAUGCAGACAUGUCUAACCAAUCGCUUUCUCAGGGACCAAAGAAACAAAUCAGUGGAUUUGUGCCAGAUAACAGUUCCUCAGGGAAAAGAACAGAUGAUAAAAACGGGAAUGGCGUAAUGGUGCCAAAGAGUGAUCAGCUUGGAGGUGGUCGUCCAGUCCCAGAAACAGGUGCUGUGUUACCCUUAGCCUUAGGCUUGGCCAUCACUGCUUUACUGCUGCUUAUGGUUGCUUGCAGACUACGUUUAGUGAGACAGAAGCUUAAAAAAGCUCGACCCAUUACAUCUGAAGAGUCCGAUUACCUCAUCAAUGGGAUGUAUCUCUAAAAAUUGGAUUUCGGUCAGUUGUUUUCUCCCCUUUCUCCUGUAUCCAUGAACCUCUGCCUCUAUAAAAGGACCAAAACCUUUAGUUAAGUUUGAAGUGUAGAAGAAGCCUACGAGAUGAGGAACAUGUUCUUCCCCUUCGGUGAUAAAAUAAAAAGGUGGGUAGAUGCCUGUGCUCAGAAAAUAAGAGGUGUUCAGGCUCCAGGGCAUAGCUCCAGUUGGCUCUUGUGCAGAAGACACUGCAAGGUGGGGACAGCCCAAACUGGAUGCGGAGUGCCCUUGCCACAGCAGAGCGUGCCCCAGGGCCGGAGCACCGGAGCAGCCGAGGUCCAGCAGCUCCAGCUGCGCUGGCCGAGGCGUAGAGGGGAGCCUGUGCCACCCUGCUCUUCCCAGCACUGCCACCGCUGUGCUCCGCUCCGGGGACCGGUACGCUCCGGACCAACGCGUUACUUCGCAGUCCAGCAGAGACUGAUUUGUGGACUUCCCACCUGAUGUACUGGGAGUAUUUUCAUUAAAGAAUUGGUCUUUCUUUGUUAAUUAAAAGCAAUCGCUAUCUAAGCACCAGCUUUUGUAACGAAAUUUGGGAUUUAAGGAACAAAGCGUCUUUUUUCCAUUCGUAGUUUAAACCUCUGUGCAGCUAACAGAGUCAUGCUUACUAAAUGCUAAAAUGAAAAAACACAAGUCCUCAGCAGAUGAGUUUGGACCUACCAGUGCUCAACAGCAGUCACGUGCGAUCCCAGAGCUGUCUCGCCCCGGAGCUCAGGGCUUGUUCAGCCUUUUCCACCCCUAGCUCGACCCCCUCCACGGUGUGAGAAAGCAGCACGCAGCGGCUUUUACCUGAGACGCUGGAGCACAGGAUUCCUGCUGGUUAACCCAUAGCUCCCUGCAAAGCUUGAAAGCUUCGGCGACCUGCCCUCACCCUGACAAAAUUCUCAUAGAAUUAGAGCAAGUAAGUGAUAUGUGUGAGUGAACUUCAGAUGUGUUAACAGUAAAACGUGUACAGUACAUGUUAUAUAUACACACACCAUGCUGUCUAUCUUGUUUGACUGUCCCAGGAUGUUGCAUUCAUCACGGGUCCCAAUAAAAAGAGGCAAACGAGGCAUGCAUCUUUUUGUAUGUCGUCUUUUGUACUUCGGUAACUUUGAGUCAGCGAGAAUAUUGCCAUGGUAUACAAAUAGUUCUUCGACUUGCUCGGUCUUGAUUACUUUAUGUAAAAUAGCUAUAAUAAACCUAUUUUAUUCUUA